AUGCCUGCCAUCACGCAAGAGAUGCUGCGCAAGCGCGCGGAGUUUGUGCGCACCGGUGGCCGCGGCUCUGUGCGCCGCACCGUGAAGACGGCCCACCGCACCACUGGUGACGAGAAGAAGGUGCAGACGGUGCUGAAGCGCCUCGGCGUGACGCCCUUCAACGAGAUCGACGAGGCCAUCUUCUACCGCCAGGACGGCUCCGUCUUCUUCUUCGACAAGCCGAAGGUGCAGGCCUCCAUGCAGUCGCAGUGCUUCGUCGUGUCAGGCCCGUACGAGACGAAGGACGCCAGCGAGGUCGCCAAUUAA